AUGAACGAAACAGUCUCUUUACGAUCAAGGGUCUUGACUUCAAAUCAUGAGUUGCAGAACGCUCUUCAUGACACGAAGGCUAUGGCGUAUGCUGUGAAUGAGCUUCAGAGUCAAAUUUUGAAGUUGAAGCAGCCAAAGAUAUCAAUGACCACGCCCAGAUCCAUCAUCGUCAACAAACUACUGAAUCCGCAGAUUUCGACUGCUCAAGACUCUCUUCCUUCCAUGCCUAUUCCAGUUCAAAUGGCCAAGGACCUCAAAGGGACCCUCGAUAGGGCGAUGAGUGCUGAUGAAGCUCUCUAUAUCUACACGACAUUCGAAAACUGGCUUGGUACCGAAGCUCUGCAGUCGGUGAUGCUAGGCACCUGCUCUGUUUGCCAGAAAGUCAGGUUUAGGCAAGCUGCUGGCUUCUCCAAGCCUAGGCCUCUUAACGAAUUCAUCGAGAGGGACCUCAGGUUGGGGUGCCAGAAUCCUCUAAUGCAAACCCUUUAUUUUAUCGAACCCCGACUCACAUCAGAAGCCAGACACGUGGCAGCACGCCUGCAUUUCAAGAUGAUGAGAAAUGGCUUAAUGCACUCGCCCUUUGACCAGAGAUAUAGACGCCCACCUCGAAGGGUUGGACUGCCGUUGAAAGCAGACUUCAGCCAUGUUGAACUAUACAACAUCGAAGAAGGUCGGGAAACAUUACAGGUCCCUAUCUUCACACAACUGCUCCGGACUGAGAAGACUCCCAUUGACUGCGUCAUCUGUGCGGAGUCUAUCUAUAACGUCUCCUACGAUGCUGUCGAUGAAUGGAUCGAAGUCUGUACUGAAUUCGAUGGUGACUGGGUCUGGAAGAUCUCACGAUUCCCAAAGAUAUUGCGUGCAAGGUGCAAACAUUCAAUCGAUUUUUGCACGCCUUGCUUACAAAAACAUAUUGGAUCCCACUUGGAGCAGCUAGACAAGAGCGCCUGCGAUAACAUCCGCUGUCCAUCUCAAACAUGUCAACGGUUGCUCACCUACGAAGAAGUACAACUAUAUGCACAGAAGGAGACAUUUGCCAAGUGA